AUGACACAAACCCGAAAAAUGGCGAAGAAGCCGAUGGAUAUGCGCUCAUUAAAUGGGCCUUUAAGUGAUAUACAAGCAAAAAACACACACCUACUAGCUGUCCAGAGAGAUUAUAUAUCACAACCACGAUUAACAUAUAACACAGUCUCUGGUGUGAAUGGUCCUUUGGUAAUUCUUGAUGAUGUCAAGUUUCCCAAGUAUGCUGAGAUCGUGCAACUCACAUUGGCUGAUGGCAGCGUUAGAAGUGGACAGGUGUUGGAAGUCAGUGGAUCAAAGGCUGUGGUUCAGGUGUUCGAAGGCACUUCAGGAAUAGAUGCAAAACACACAACAUGCGAGUUCACAGGAGACAUCUUGAGAAUGCCAGUAUCAGAGGAUAUGUUAGGUCGUGUAUUUAAUGGCUCUGGGAAACCCAUUGACAAAGGUCCGCCAGUGUUGGCAGAAGACUUUCUUGAUAUUCAAGGCCAGCCGAUCAACCCGUGGUCUCGUAUUUACCCCGAGGAGAUGAUUCAGACUGGUAUCUCGGCUAUAGACACUAUGAACAGUAUUGCCAGAGGACAGAAGAUUCCAAUAUUCUCAGCUGCUGGAUUGCCACAUAAUGAAAUUGCUGCUCAGAUCUGUCGACAGGGUGGAUUGGUGAAGCUGCCAGGGAAGAGUGUGUUGGAUGACCAUGACGAUAACUUCGCCAUUGUGUUUGCUGCCAUGGGUGUAAACAUGGAGACAGCUAGAUUUUUCAAACAGGACUUUGAAGAAAAUGGCUCCAUGGAGAAUGUGUGUCUGUUCUUAAACUUGGCUAAUGAUCCCACCAUUGAGAGGAUUAUCACGCCCCGUAUUGCCCUGACCGCGGCCGAGUUUUUAGCAUACCAGUGUGAGAAGCACGUGUUGGUCAUCUUAACAGACAUGUCAUCAUACGCUGAGGCUCUUCGAGAGGUCUCGGCAGCUAGAGAGGAGGUACCAGGUCGUCGUGGUUUCCCUGGUUACAUGUACACCGAUUUGGCAACUGUGUACGAGCGGGCAGGUCGAGUAGAAGGUCGCAACGGCUCCAUCACUCAGAUCCCCAUUCUCACCAUGCCAAACGAUGAUAUCACCCAUCCCAUCCCUGAUUUGACUGGAUAUAUCACUGAAGGACAAAUUUAUGUUGACAGACAACUACACAAUCGACAGAUUUACCCACCGAUCAAUGUAUUACCAUCGCUGUCUCGAUUGAUGAAGUCUGCUAUUGGGGAUGGAAUGACACGAGAAGAUCAUGCUGAUGUCUCCAACCAGUUGUAUGCAUGCUAUGCUAUUGGUAAAGAUGUUCAGUCUAUGAAAGCUGUGGUUGGUGAAGAGGCUUUGACACCAGAAGAUUUACUGUAUUUAGAGUUCCUGACCAAGUUUGAAAAGAACUUCAUUUCACAAGGUCAUUAUGAAAAUAGAACAAUUUUCGAAUCUCUGGAUAUUGGGUGGCAGUUGCUGCGAAUUUUCCCGAAAGAAAUGUUGAAGCGAAUUCCUCAGGCCACGCUGUCCAAAUACUACCCACGUGACGCACAGAGGUCACAGAAAGCUCACAAAGAGGUCACAUCAUUGUAAUAGAAAAACAGUACUAAACAAAUAUAGUUCUUCUUUCUUUGCCUACCAUUCAUUGCCAUAUACAUUCAUGAAGCCAGUCAGUUGAGAUGGUGAACCUUGUGUUACUGUGUAUUAGAGUAAGAGUAUUCUUCCACAGGAUUCAUUUUUCAGUCAGCUGAGGUCAAGAGGACCCUAAAUGGAAUGGAGUAUUUGGAAAACGGUGGAAUCUAAAAAAAAGAGCUGUAUAUCCUUUGAAACAUAUUAUUUGAAUCUGGAAUAAAGAAUAAUCAGAGUUGGGUUUUUUGUGUGUGAAUAAUGUGCUGGUUUUUGGGGGGUUUUCAUAAGUACUUUAGAAGGUAUGAAUUGUUUUCUUUAAAUGGCUACUUUCAGUACAUACGUUUUGUCACGAGCACCCGCUAAUUAUUUGAUUGGUUCCUGCCUUAUUACAUUCGUUUGAUGUUAAAUGCAAAAACUAGGAUUGUGAGCUUUUUAUAAUAUCGGAGAAUGCUUCCUUCAUUUGAAUGCUGGGUUGAUAAUAACUUUUGUUAGUUAUUAGUUUCCUUCACCUUUCAUUUUCUGAAUAUAAAGGUUGCGAGGAAUGGCAUAAUGUUUAGUAUCUAUAUUUAUCUAAUAACAAAUGCAUCUCGAUACUAUCCACGGAAUAUCAUUGUAUAAGAUUCCAGUUUUCCCCAAGACAAGUUAAAUUAAUUCCAUCAUAACUGAAAUUGUCAGUUUAUGUGAAAUUUGUAGUAAACUUUCCACUGUACCAAGUAUUUCUUGUAUGGCAAUGAAUGAUACUGUAUUAUUGUAGGUUCUUAGUGUGUAUGUUAGUUUGCCCAAGUAAUGUGACCAAGAGCCAGUUAUCCAUAGAAAACUGAGUGUAUUGUGAAAGGACCCAGUAAAUGAAUGGAGUUUCUAGUCUAACACAUCUGAAAUAUUGUGUAAUAUGUUUUGCUCAGUUGAUAUUUAAUCCUGAUAUUUUUAGUUGAAUAAAAUAUUUUUUAUUGUGCAUUCGGAAAAAAGCUAUCAUAGAUAUCUGAAGUUGCAGGAUUAAAAAAAUAUAUAUAUACACUGAUUAGUGAAAAUGCUUUUUUUUCAUCAAUAGAUAAACUGUAAAUGUUUUAGAUAUUUCACAUGAACAGUAUAUGGUGUUAUUAAAUUGCGAAUAUUAUGAUUUGUUAAAGAAACUGGUAGUGUUAAUAAUUUGUAAAAAUAGAUAUGCGUGACAUCACAGAAAUCAAUAUUUGUAUAAUGUAUGAUCAUUUUUAACUUGAGGACCAAAUUUAUGAGUAACAAAUUUUCAGAUAAAAAUUUCCUACCUCAUCUAUUGGCAUUAAUAUUUCAGCUUUCAAGAAAUCUAUGAAAUUGGAUCCUGUAGAACGAAGUACAUAAGUACAAUUAAAAUUAAAAUUCUAUGUAACCCAUAUGGUUGUGCUAGUCUAUUGUUAGUUUUUAAUAACAACCAGUCACUGUGUAGGCUAUCACAUUAGAUAAGGAUUAAACCGUUAAAGCAAAUAGUUUUUUGUGUCAUAAUUAGGUAGUUGAGAUUUUUUUUUUUUGUAAUCAUUCUGAUGUUACACAUUCCUAUAUAUACGUGAGAUAAUUAAUGGAUUACUUCAAUGCAUGACAACUUGUAUUACAUUGGUAAAAAAAACAGGCUUUGAAAUAAGUCGAGAAUGGUUGAUUAUGUUACCUGUAGAAUACCACAUAUCUAGAAAGAGAAAAUCCUAGUAAACAAAAACCACACUGUUUAAAUAUUAAUGAGUUGUGAGUUCCUCAAAAAUAGGAUACACAUCCCCAAGUAUCAGUACAGAGUGGAUAUGAAUGAAAAAGUGUUGGUGUGUCUCUGAACGGAUUUUACAGUGAUAAUAAUGAUAAUUGUAAACUUGAUAAGCAUAUCAUAAUCUAUAGGUUACCAAGCUCAUACUUUGUUGUAACCACACACACUGCUUAUUUCGAUGCCUGGAAAUAUCCAAUGUUUUUUGGUUUUUUUAGCUCAAUGUAUAAAUUAAUACAUGUACAGACAUUCCAUCAGUUGAUGUGUAAUUAGGAUAACAUUGUCAUGUAUAGUAUAUAUAUAUAUAUAUAUACUUGGUCAUAAUUUUAACUUUGUCAUAAUAUUACACUUGUAUGAUAUGAAGGCACACUGACUGCAUUCUGCAUUUUAUGGACAUGUAUUUUUUGGUGUUUUUUUCCGUUACUCUAUUAAAAGAAAAGUAGAUUAGUUAGACCCAUUAUCCACAGCAAUAUGCAAGAAAUCAAAAUUAUAAUAUGUUAAUUGAUUAAUUUGAAGAAUAACGUGACUACAUUUACAGGUUUUCUGCCAGAAAAUAAUUUGAGAGUACAUAAUAAAAAUAAAACGGAUCAUAAGUUUUCCUACCAGAUGGUUAUGAGCUUUGAGCUUGAAAUCUGUUGAAACUGGACACAAUAUUUCCUGUACGUUGACAAAUUUUAAACAGCAAUUCUCUUGCUAUAAUAUUUCUAAAAAUUAUCAAAAAUAUAUUCGUUAAUUUCCAAGAUUUUGGGGGGUGUAAUUUUACCCUUCAUACCCUAUGGCAGAAACCCUAAUUUAUACUGAUUACAAAUUUUAAUGUAUUGCUAGAAGUCAGAUUCAGAAAAAUACCAUUGAAAUGUUUAUUGGAGUAUUGGUAGCCAUGACUUGCGUUUUGAAGAUGGGGUAUAUGAAUUUUGCUAUUUGCUGUAGUUACUAAAGUAGUGUAGCCCUCUGUGUACUCUAGAACUAAGUUUUGGAAGAUGUAUAUAUAUAUAAGCAAUAUUGAUUUGUACAUUUCAUGGUGUUUUGUUAUAUCACAAUCACUAAUUGUAAAUAUAGGUGUAUUGAUGCGUUACAGUGAAAGAAAAAAAAAAAUGAUGCAGUUUAUAUGUUAAUUAAAAUGUUGAACUUCUGGAAAGUUUAAAAAAAAAAAAAAAAUGUGAUAGUUUGCCUUGCUGGUGUAUACAUUAAUGCCAUGACCUACAUUAUUAGCUUAUCCAUCUUUUAGUAAAAUAUUUUAGUUUGUUUUGCCUAUGAACAAAAGUUUCUGUCUGUGAAGUACAUGUAUAGGUGGUAUGAAUUCAUUGGCAGAAAUGGCAUAUUUACCGGUAUAUCAGUUGGUAUUGAGUUUUGUGUUAAACAUCAUUUCUCAGAUAUAAGUGCUAGCUCAACCAUCGUAGGUCAUUACUGUACAUUUUGGAUGUUCAUUCCGAUGCUUGUCUUGAUAAUACAGUAAAUGAUGUAGUUGAUGGUCCGGUAACUAAUCAUUCCUGUGUUGCUUCAGUUUAUGCCACUUUUGUGUGUUUUAGCCCUGUUCUUUUCAGAAGUUAUAAGUGCAAGAUUAACCAAACAUUACAUGCACAUUGCUUAUGAGUUUACUCACUUAUGUGUAUAUAUAUAUAUAUAUAUAUAUAUAUGUGUGUACAUCGAAGGUAAAGGUCACAAAAUUGGUGCAGGUUUAGGGUACGGUUUUGGGAUGUAGGGCAAGUUGACAUAACAACGGGUAUUCAUUACGAAACUUUGAACACACAUGGAACAUUUCACAUUUUCUAAACUAAUUCAGUGUGUAAGCAAAGAAAUCACUGUAAUCAUUUUUAUUUGUGGUGGUCUAAAUACCAUGACAUACUGUGCCCAGUUAGGUUUAUUACUUUUGCUUGUGUUUUAAUUAGUAUGUACAUAAUGUCUGGUUGAGGGUAUUUCUAUUUUAAUGGUUGGUAUUUUAUCUUUUUUAAAUCUAUUUCAAGAAAUUGUAAGGUUUGGCGGGCUAUCGGACAGAAUGAAUGAACUUUCUAUGUGUACUGAAGGAAUUACCUUAGGUAAUAUCUUGUGUCAGCUGUCAACAGUUAUGUGUAAAGUAAUUGUAUUAUUGAUUAUGCAAGGUCUGUUAUUUGGGCCGAGGAAUACUGGACCAAUGAUUAUUUUAUUUACUCGUUGCUUGUGCAAGACUAGUUUUGCAUAACCAAUUUUUUUUUAUUCAUUAAUUUUAGGACAUGAUAUUCAUGGUCAUAACUGGCUAUGUAAAGUGAAAUGGGUUACCUGAAAUGCUUUUGGAUAACCUGUAAAUGGAUUACCGGUAUGCAAAUUUCAAAGACCUAUAUUUAGUGUUCAUAUUUGGUAUUCGGGGUACAUACAUAUUAGACAUCUUAUUAUUGUGACAGUGUAAUCAUAAAUAAUAAUCUUUUUGUUCAAGAAUUAGAAUUUUAUGCCAGGAAACUACACUCAAGUGAUGAUUAAUUAGAUUAUAGUAGAAAUGUUUAUUGGUUAGUGUUUAUACAGAUGACAUAUAUACACGUGGACGAACGUUAAACACCUCCGUUAUUUUCAUUGUCUUAUUCAGAGAAUCAUGUGCCAUAAAGAAUUUUGUUUAUGACAUGUCACGAGAAUGAUUUAUAUAAUCUUUAAUUAUUUAUGUUGUUAAAUUAACUCCAAAUUGCAUUUUAUCAUUUUCAACGCAAGCUAUAAAGCACUCAGUAAUCUAUAAUUUGUAACAUGAAGCUCCCUUUAUGGACAUAACCAUUUUCAACACUAUUUAGAUUUUUAAUCAGAAUUGUUUGGGUUUUUUUUUGUUUUUUUUGCUCUGGCAUUAAACUAUACAUAUGUGUGCAAGUGUGUGUAAAUAGUUCAGCUUUUUCCCUCUGAUUAACUUUUUCUUUAAGAUUGUCAGAUUUUGCCCCUGAUGGGCAUACAUGAACUAAAUUUGAACAGAAGCAUUAAAAUGUUCCUUGUGGAAUUUUGGAGUAUGCCGAUACAUACUCCCUAGGCUGAUGAUGCAUUUAAUACACUAUACUCUGUGAACUAAUGAGGAUCUUUGACUUAAUUCAUCAUUCAACUGUAAUCAUUGUUGUGCCACAGUGAUCAACAAGUAGGUAAUUACGAGAUGUGGACAGUGUUAGCUGUGUAGUAUCACACAACCACAGUUAGCCAGUGUGUAAAGCAGCAGUAGUAUGUCACGUGUAUGUAAUCUAGAUAUGUUACUGUCACAAGUGGGUCUUGUGUUGAUAAUAGCAUCAGAUAAUAAACAAACUAUUAUGUAA